GGAGGACCCGGUUAAGUGGACAUGAAAUCAGGCAAUCCCAGGAGGUCAACCGGUCUGGCCUCUAUUCCGCCUCAAACCCGCCCUCUCUCUCUCGCCACCAUGUCGUCGUUGUCCUCUACGACAACACAGAAUGGCUCCCGUUCACCUUCACCCCAUACCCCAGAUUCUUCUGACUCCUUGGAACACGUCGCUCACCACGAGCUCACCCUUUCUUCCUGGUACAAUACCGAGCACGACAAGUCUGCAUAUCUGCAGUCUCUUUGGGAGACAGAUCCUAUCUUUCAGACGCAGCCAAAGUGCGAAGACGACAAUAUGCUACAGCUCGAUGAUCUCAUUGAAAGCCACGCGUACGACGACUCUCCGGCUCUCAGUGUCGAGUCGCCAUUUUCCAUCAUAUCACCUACCUCGCCUAUGGGCGCCGUCGUGGAGCGCCCUGCUCCCUUGCUAGUUCAAUCUAUGCAUACAGCUCCACCUGCUUUGACAAUGCCCAACUCCAUGUCUGUGACAAAACCCAUUCCUCCUCCAGCUUCUGUACCGCGGCGACAAGAUUUUCUGCUGAUGAACCACAAAGUCGUCCAUCCUCCAAGGGAAUCUUGUGUCAAUCUGCCUAUCAUGUUUCCCAGUAUACCGGAGGGUGGAACCAAGUCUCGCGUUGAAACUCAAGUACGAGUUACCGUGGACUUGGCUGAUCCAAGUUCUUCUUCUGACCCAUAUAAAUACGAUCGCGUUGGCUCAUGGAAGUGGUUAAAAUUACCACAAGGAACGGCUACGAAGAGGCGGACGCGAAAACAGGGGAAAAUAGAUCCCGACCCGCAAGAUAUUCUUCAUCUCAGCGUCAGUAUAACUUGCGCGUCACCGCCCCAUAAUACGGUGCUCAGUUGUUCUAGUUGUCGCGCUCGUGAGGCCAAACGAGUUGCAAAAAAACUAGCUGCUCGAGUACGCCCCGCACGAUCCGAUUCUGACUCCGGCGAAAGUCCCAACAAUACCCCUACCAGGAACGGACAACGCGAGGAUACUAGCAGCAUAAUCCAAUUCAAUUGCUCGGAGGUCAUCGAUUUUUCCACCGGCUCUGUCGUCCUUCCAUUGCGUAUCACUUGCUAUUGCCGCCACCAUCGUGAAAAGGUUGGAUUCAAUGUCCAUUUUACAAUGAUGGAUCACACCGGUCGCAUUGUUGGGACAGGGUCGUCGCGCCCUAUCAUGAUUACGGAUGACCACAAGACGUCGUCUAGCAAGCAUAGCGACCUCGCUUCGACAUUUACGACGCGUGAUUAUGAAUGGGCGCAGUUUGGACCAGCUCAUGUCGAUUCGUCUAUCGAGAGUCGCGCCCCUUCGAAGCGUAAGAAAGACACGCCGUCAAAUACCACCGGGACGAAAAAGCGUGCUAAACCAUAUGAUCCUGCCUCGAAGCCGAGCAGGGUUAGUGGAGAAAUUCCCGCAUCGAGCGAACCUUCCCCCUCCCCAUCACAUGCAACGCUCCCAUCCACCAGGUCGCCAACUCCUCUGGAUCCUCCACUGUCGUCCCUACCACCACAACUACAGUAUUCAUCUUUCGAGUCAGAAUCUUCGCCUGAUGGAUUAAUGACCCCAGCGGAACAUAAUCUUGAUAUAGCCAUGUCUUCAGCCACCACUGAGAGUGACUUUUCUGUCCCUUCUCCAGUCUCUCUUCCCGUGACACCUCCUGCUCUAGUUAUGCCUGCACAUCCUAAUCCCAUGCCUUUUAUGUUCUUUGAUCCAUCUCAGCCAGCUCCCCCUCUGGCACUACCUACAAUCCAUCGUCUCGUACCGAACGCUGGGCCGACACACGGUGGUAUUGAAGUUACCAUCCUGGGAGCCAACUUUCAUCCUUCCAUCACUCUGAACUGCAUUUUUGGGGAGGUCGCGGCUAGUUCGACACAGCGGUGGAGUGAUAAUACCCUGGUCUGUGUGCUGCCCCCAAGAGCUACUGCUGGUGUAGUUGCCGUCUGGUUUGAAGGGUUCCCCAAAUUAGAGGAACAUAGCAAUGCGCCUCCGCCGCUAUUCACAUAUUCAGACGAGUCCGAUAGGGCCUUAAUGGAACUAGCUUUACAGGUAGUUGGUCUGAAGAUGACUGGAAAGAUUGAGGAGGCCAAGAACGUUGCCAUGCGUAUCGUUGGAAAUGCUGGUGAUCCAUCAGACUCUCAAAAUGGAUCAAAUAUGACUGGUGCGAUGCAACUUGCCCCUUCCUUAACCCGGGACCUGCGACCUCUUCUGCUUAUCCGCGCCGGUGAAAACGAGGAUUUCCAAAGCCUCAUAAUCGAUUUCCUCUCUAUUCUCGAUGCACCGGUUGAAUCUUCCGAGCAAGCAAUAUCAACUGAAGCCGCUAUCUCACACCAGAGCCCCAGCGGACAAACAUUGCUCCAUCUUGCCGCGUUUCUUAGCUUUCCUUCCCUCGUCCGGUUUUUGGUAGAUCAUGGAGCAGACCUGGAUAUGCGCGAUCGAAAUGGAUAUACUCCCCUUCAUUUUGCUGCCUCUAUGGGUAGCAAAGAAUGUGUUCGAUAUCUUCUGGACGCGGGUGCAGACACGGAAAUUGUGAAUGCGUUAGGAAAGACUGCCGGGGAGAUUGCCAUGGACGGCAUGUUUGCAGAUUCACAGGGUAUCAAUGAUGGACUCGAUUCAGGUAUUGAAAGCGAGGAAGAUGAAGAAGCCGAAUGGGGUGAUGCUGAGGAGGAUGCCGAUGCUAUUAUUCGAAGACGGGCCCGGCGCUAUGGAAAUCGCAGACGGCCACGGCACUCCGAUACUCCUCGAAGAGACAAGGAUAACAUCACGGACCACCUUUCUAGACCUCCCUCUCCCUCUCCGAAGUCCGAAAAGGCCAUUUUGGCUAAUGUGGACGAGAAACAAUAUUCUUCGUUCACUGACCUCAUCCAGAAGACAAUCGCUCAACUUCCUGGUUCUCCUCAGUUACCUAACCUUCACAUUCCUGGCAUGCCUGCGGUUCCAUGGGGUGUUCUUCCGCAACUCCCGAUGGUGUUUCCCGUUGUUGUCCCUUUACUACCGGCCUUCCUUAGCGGAGACAAUACAAACCGUGACGGUCUGGACGACGAUCAAACCGAUGGGUCCUUGAAGGGCAAAUUUGCUGGGGCAAAAGCUGCAUAUGAACUGCGUGCAACGUGGGAAAGAUGGCUUGCAAAUGGGGCCCCCAUCAAAGACAGUGAACCGCCUCCGAUGUAUACGCCUAGAGCCACGGAGGCCGGUCCAUCGCAUGCUCCAUCGUCGACUGUGUCUGAAUCUCUCGCAGAGACUGAAGCCCCACGACCCGAAGGACGAUCUUCCUCAAGAAUAUACAACUACGAGAUGAUACCUGUUACGGAGCAGGAAGUGGAUGCGUAUACGUAUGAACCCAAAACGCAACCCAAGAAACAGGACCGAAUGCUUUUACUUUUCUGGCUACCCAUCUUGAUCAUUUCUCUUAUUUGGGCUUGUCACAAUGGCCUUCGGUUUGCACUCGGCGCUUUACGAGGAGUUGUACCAUUGAAAUCUGGAAUGCGUACCUGAUGUAUCAGGACUGAUCUACUAUUAUUUGCUCAUGCGACAUUUUUUUUGUCACUUGCCUUUCGUUGAAAGUUUUUAUUUUAUUUGGUUGCUCUAAAUUAUGCAGUUUCACUAGAAAAAGAAGUGUAUGUCAUAGAUAAUCGGAAUGCAAAUUUUCCUUCACCAUCCAAAGUC